GCCGCCGCUGCCGUCCCCGCCGCCACCCCUUCCUCCUCCCCCGCCGCCGCCUCCUCCUUCUCCGGCCCCUCGGCCACCUCUACACGACCCAGGCCCUCUGUCCUUGAGAGGAAUCCGUAUUCAGUCUCCUUCGCGGGCCCGGGGCGCAGCCAUGGCGGACGGCGGGGGCGGGGGGGGCACCGGCGCGGUGGGCGGCGGCGGCGCCGGCCAGGCCUCGGCGGAGGCGACGACAGGCGCGACGGGGGCCGGUGGGAGCGGCGGCCCCAUCAACCCGGCCUCACUGCCUCCCGGUGACCCGCAGCUCAUCGCGCUCAUCGUGGAGCAGCUCAAGAGCCGGGGGCUGUUUGACAGCUUCCGCCGGGACUGCCUGGCCGACGUGGACACCAAGCCAGCUUACCAAAACCUGAGGCAGAAAGUGGAUAAUUUUGUGUCAACACAUCUGGACAAGCAGGAGUGGAAUCCUACGAUGAACAAAAACCAAUUGCGAAAUGGUCUGAGACAGAGUGUGGUUCAGUCAGGGAUGUUGGAAGCUGGAGUGGACAGAAUUAUUUCCCAGGUGGUGGAUCCCAAACUAAACCACAUCUUCAGGCCACAGAUAGAACGAGCAAUUCACGAGUUCCUGGCGGCCCAGAAAAAAGAAGCUGUGCCAGCACCCCCUCCAGAGCCUGAAAGCCAGGACCCUCCAGCUCCAUCCCAGGAUGCUUCCUUAGAAUAUGCCUGACACGUUUUGGAAGCUCCAUUGAAUUAAUGGUGAAGAACUGGAUUCAGUUACAUAAGAGUACAACUUCAGAGUGAAGACAGGCCAAGGUCGUCACUGACUUCACAAUUCAACAUUGACUGUGGGGCGGUGUCCAGAUAAAGUAGAGAGCAAGUGGGCCAGUAGGAGAAUUGACCAUGUGGGCCCCACCUCGUGCUGCCGUCUGGCCAGCCUGUCCAAGGGGUGACACCCAGUAGACACUACAGAUACAUUAAGAAACACUACAUCAACUUGGGGUUGUCCUGAAACAAACCUUUGUACUUGAACUUAGAGACUGUGUAUGAAUUUUAGGGUUUGUGCUUGGGGAUAAGCAACAGCUACAAUGAAGGAACAUAACCAGUCCCAAAGAUGCAAUUUCAAGGAAUGACAGUAAAGGUUAGCCAGGAGUAGGUAUUUGACAAUGCUUAUUUGAUACUGUUUUUCGGAGUUUCAAAUAAGAGUGUACAAGCCAUUAGCAUCAAAUAGCUUUAAGGUUGUUGUGACCCUCUUGUCCAUGACUCUUUAGCUUCCGUUUCCUUUCCCCUGUAAGAGGUGUCAAAACAUGGGACCCUAGAAUGCAUGAGUAAAUGUAGACUUAGGUAUAAGGAAAAAUAUUUGCAGGCUCUCUGUCCAGGGCUUCUUCCUAUCCUGCAAGGGCUAGUGAGUCUUAGGUGUGUUUAUUUUAUUCUCAUGUUUGUGUUUUUUAGAAGGUGAAUAAUUAAUAAGUGGCUUA